AUGGGUUAUACGCCCGAGUUUCCAAAUACAGGUGUUGAGUUGCCGACCCCACAAACGGUUUUGAGGCCGGGUGGUCGUGAUGGAUUUGAGGAGUACUAUUUUGAGGGUGCAGAUGCACAGACAACCUUUCGGUCACCACAGACCCUGCACACGCCACAGCCACCAAACACGCCACCGACGCCGCAUGGCUCCACCUCUAGAGGUGUUACAGGCGGUCACGACUCGAAUGCGAGUGAUUUUCAGGAGUCUUCGUUGCCCUCAUCAGAUGAAAAGGGAAAAAGUUUGGGUUUAGGAAAAUCCACAACACGUGUAUUAGUCUCUAUUGGGAGAAUAUGGAUCAUCCGUGGCCCCGGUUUAGUGAUAUUCCCUAUGAGACUCUUUUGCAGAUGUUUUCGCAUUUCAAGGCAAUAUAUUAAAUAUAAAUUAUUGUGGAAUUCACUAGAAAAUAGUAACAUAUUUGAUGCCUUCAAGUGUGUCCUCAAGGAUAGAUACAGGGAUCGGAUGAAGCAUAUCAGGAUUAAAUCUGGGGACAUGACACGAAAUGAUGGGAAACCCGUCCCCCAUGUCAUUGUACCUACUACGAAGGGAUGCAUAACUAUCGCCCCGUGUGCGUACCGGAGAAUGUGUGGCCACCAUUGGUCGACAGAUAAGUGGAGAAAGAAUUCAAAAAUUGCUCAGCAGAACCGCAAAGUCGCAGAUGCUAAUGGGUCGACAGCUAGGCACACCGCGGGUAGUAUAGGAUUUGACGAGCACCGUAACAACUUAGAGGUUUAUCUACAUGAGAUGGUCAAAAAAUACGGAGAAGACUCUUCAAACCAUAAAGAUGAUGCGGAGGUAUGGGAGGAAACCCAACUUAGGAGAAAAGGAAAGAAGAAGGGUGAUAUCUAUGGCAUAGGAGCAUCAGAUAUACAUUUUGUGAUUUCUGGGACAUCGUCUUCCCAAUCCACACAAUCGGAUAGUACACAACAAGAGGUUGAUAGGUUGCGUGCACAACUUUCUACCAUGGAACAACAACAACAACAAAUGAAAGAACAAAUGGAAAUGGUUAUGAGGAUGAUGAAUAUGUCUGGAAAUCAACCCCGUAAUCCCCCUGAUAAUCCACCUGAGGACAAUUGA